AUGUCGAUUUUGCUGCGAAAAGGAUUUGCGGACGAGUCUCUGGAGCGAGUCCUGGAGGACCUGCUAGUGAGGUUUGUUAUAAACUGUCCGCCAGAAGACUUGUCAUCAAUUGAGAGGGUGUUCUUCCAAAUAGAGGAGGCACACUGGUUCUACCAGGACUUUGCCAGAGUCGUCAACGAAUUGCUACCGCCGAUGAAGAUGAAACAGUUUACGGCCAAAAUAAUAGCGCAGUGUCCUGUUGUGUGGCGCUGGGGCGACUCGCAGGACGCCCUGGCGCAGUUCGGCAAGUACAAGUCGUCGAUUCCCGUUCGUGGGUGUGCUGUGCUCAACCAGAAGCUGGACAAGGUUCUGCUGGUGAAAGGUGUCGAGUCGUCGUCGUGGGGGUUCCCAAGAGGCAAGAUCUCGAAGGACGAGACCGAUUUGGACUGUGCAUUGCGCGAGCUGGAAGAGGAAACUGGAUUUGACGGCAGAGAGUAUAUUGACGAAGACGAGUACAUCGAGCGCACCAUUCAGGGCAAAAACUACAAAAUAUACAUUUUGGCGGGCGUGCCGGAAAGCACCAAGUUUGAGCCGCGUGUUCGCAACGAAAUCAGCGCGAUCGCGUGGAAAGAUAUCAAGUCGUUGUCGAAACAGGGCAAGAAUAAUUUAUUCCUGGUGAGCUCGAUGAUGAAACAGUUGCAGAACUUCAUCAACAAGAAGAAAUACCAGCAGACAGAGGAGGAACUCAAAAAACAGGCCACGAUCCAGCUCAAGAAGAUUCUGGGUGUUGGCCAGCCGCAGGAAAAGUCCGACCCUGGAAGAGACCUCCUCAACAUGUUGCAGCAGGUUUCUGCAGGAAAACAGCCUCCAAACGUACAGCCACCUUCCAUGCCGAUGCCGGGCCACCAUAUGCCGCUGCCUAUGCCUCUGGCUCCGUUCCCUAUGCCAUUCCCUAUGCCGUUUAUGAUGGCUCCACAUAUGCUUCCGCGGUUCCCCUUCCCGCCUCCACCUGCCAUGUCUGUGCCGCGUAGCGACCAGAAAAACGAGCUAUUUGCGCCUCCACCUUCGUCACUCGACAAGCCACACAUGGUGCUGGCAAACAGACGGUCUGGAGAGAGUAAUAGCAAGGAGUUGCUUAGCAUUCUCAAACGUCCUGAGAAAAAGGAGGAGACAGAGGAAGCGCAGAAGCCGCGCGGGAACUUUUUGCAAAAUCUCUUUGACAAGUACAAGGGUGAAGAGCCUGUGCAGGUUCCACGUAAGGUGACGAUUUUGAAGCGGCCAAAGGAGCAGAAGGAGCAGACGGAGCAGAAGGAGCAGGAGAGCUCAGAGAAGCCGGGAGCCAGUUUGCUGAGCCUGCUGCAGCAGAAACCAAGUCCCGCAACGAAUGGCAGCUCGGAGCUGCUGAACAUCCUGAAGAAGCCAGAGCCGUCGUCGGAGCCAAAGACGGCCUCGCAAGGGUCAAAGGAGCUCCUAGGCUUGUUGACAAAGAAGGAGGAGCCGCAGCCAAAGGACGAUUCGAAACAGCUGCUGGACCUGUUAAAACCGAAGCCGGCAAACCAGAAUGGCGCAAACGGCGCAAAUGGCUCGGCAGAGCUGCUGGACAUGCUGAAAAAGCCUGCCCAGCCUGAGCAGACGGCACAGGCCUCUACUGCCCCCUCUGCAUCGGUUCUGCUGGGAAUAUUAAACAGAAAAGAAGAGCCACGCGACCCCAGCAAAGGACUUUUGGACGCCAUAGUGCCACCCACACAGUCCGGCUCUUCUGGAUCGCAGGAGCUGCUGAGCCUGCUCAAACCGGCCAGCUCGUCUGCGCCAACGUCCGCUCCGGAGUCUUACAAUGAGGCACAGAAGCCAUCGCAGGAAGCCGACGAGUACGAGGACUUUGAGGACUUUGAGGACCUAAACGAGGGAUACGAGAACGUGCGCUCGUCCAACCACUUUAAGACGUAUGUGAGUGACGAGGAUGAGAUAUAUUUGUGA